UUUUGUGUGUUGUUCACGGACGUCUAUGCACCGUACGUACGAUUUGCGUGCGUUCAGUGUGCGUACUGAAAUUUACAUGUAAAAACAUUGCCUCACACACACUUUGCGACGAUGAUCAAUGAAGAAAAGAGUCGCCAUUUUAGCCAAGCCUUUCAGUCGAGUAUGCUGCCUGUUCCGGGCCGAAUGCAGCCCUGAAUUGCAGCUUUCACAUACAGGAAGCUGAGGGUUGCUCUCAUUUAUAUUGGUUUCGGCAUUUGGAGAAAGGAAAAUCUGGGAAAAGGUGUGCCACAGUCGAAAAAUAAAAGGGUGUAUCCGCGAUUCCGGGUCGGGCUGACGUGUUUGCAGAAGGAACGUGGCCCAAUUGGUCACGUGGUAAUUGCGGCUUUUUUUCUCGGAUGGUUCGUGGAUCGCACGAGCAACUUCUGCAUGGUUUGAAAGAAUUGCCUUUAACUUCGAGCUUCAGGAGGUGACUGCUUUUCCCAAGAAAGUCUCAAUGCCUUGGUGGUGUGUCGGCCAUCUCCAGGCUGUGCUGAAUGGCUGCAAUGGCUCCAGCCUUGACUGAUGCUUCUGCCCAUCCUUCAGGUUUCAAGCUACCAAUAUCUCCCUCUGAUCCUGAACGGACUGGGUUUGAAGCAACGCCCAGUGAUCCAACAAGCCCUGGGCUGCCCAACGGCCAUACCAGUUCCACUCACUCAGUCGACACAAGCCAAACUAUUCAGGAAACAGGGUUAGACAAAAGUUUGCUACUUCAAGAAGGGCUUGCAGACCAGUCAGGAAGCAACAACCACAGGUCCAAGAUACAACUCUUUCGAACAAACUCCCAACCCCAAGGAGGCGGCAGUCAGUCUGGCACUGGAGUAACAUUUCUUGGGAAGGUGGACAGGGGAAAGGUCAGCAGGUCCCUCACCUUUCCCUCGUCGACCAGGACAUCUGUCCUGACGAACGGGAGUGACGGCACUGUGAAGGGUAUCACGAAGAUGAGUCGUUCGACCGUUUCAGGAGCAUACGAUAAGCAGCAGCCUUGUCAAACAAUUGCACCUACAGCUUCAACCAUCACCAUGCCUCCACAAACCUCAUCACUGUCUUUAGCAAACAACACUGAUGUGACAGCUAGCAGCUCCACUGCCACAGCAGAUUCCUCUGAUGCAGACGAUGACAUGAGGGGUGGGCAAGUAGACUUACAACCUGCUGAUGAAACUGAUAGUGGUCCCCAUCAAGAUCUCAGUACCCGCUUUGAGAAACUGGUAUCUAAAGUAAGCAGAAAACAAAACAUGGAGGACUGGAUGAGAGACAGCAGAAGCAGUGACCUGGCGCCUGAACUUUUGGAGGCAGAACAAAUAAACAAAAUUACUGACGAACGCUCCAAACUAGCACAGCGUGCAAGACAGCUUGUCCAUAAGCUCAGACAUCUACAGGCACAGCAAAUUAGCUCAUACUCUAAGCAACAAAUUCACAAUUUUGUCCAAGAGCAGCACAAGAGGUCAGAGGAAAAAACGACUGAGUUAGAAGAGGGUUGUCCAGAUUGCAAGCGGAACCUGGCACUUUCAAAUGUACCAAAUUCAGAUGUCCCUUCAAUAUCCCAAAAGGGCAGCAGUGCAAAUAGUACGUUUGCAGAAGACUCAAAGGAGCAACUUCCCCGAACUUGUGUCCAUAAACGGAAGCCUUUACCUGUUAGACCGAGUGGCAUUGACCCCUCUGUCCGGGUCGCAGUGAAGACGGCAACCAAACACCUUCAGGCACAGUUGGAGCAUGUUGAGGGCUGGGUGGACUCGGAUGAAACAGAGAGCAGCUCAGGUGGAGAAAGCUGUGAUGAAGGAGACGACACUCUCCCAUCCUACACACAAACUCGGCAAAAACACAAAGUACCAUUGCACAGGAGAGCUGUUUGGAAGUGGGCUGUGGAGAGAGCUGCCAUUGCUAGUCGGUGGACGUGGCUGCAAGCGCAAGUCUCUGAUUUGGAGUAUCGCAUCAGGCAACAGAGCGACAUCUAUCGACAGACUCGUGCUAGCAAAGGCGUGGCCAUCCUGGGGGAACCUUCAUCACCGGAGGAUCUGCUUAAAAUGCGAGUCAUGACGUCAACCAAAACCAAUCGCAAGCUGUCUCCGAUAGAGGCCAAGAUCGCAAGGCUGGGCAGCAGCCAGGAAAUGUCCCCCUCUAAUUUGUCCACCUUGCUCACUAACGUUGACCAGCAGAGUGCAAGAUUAAAGAUGUCCCUUCAAAACUGUGUGUCUCCUAUGUCAGGGCUUGUGAUUCCCCCGUCAGCAGCCAGUACACCAACAGGAGCAAAUGGGAAAACACCACUAAGCAAACCCAUGAAUGGUGUAGUAAGCAGCACAGGUUCACAUGGGAAUCCUCUGUUAGGUAGCUCAACGUCCUCACCAGUGGGGGACCAUAAACAGUUGCCGCAAGGGAUAAACUCCUUUCAUUCCUCCCCAUCUCUCAUGCCGGCAGUCCCCGAGGAACAUUACUGUGCAAGGACACGGCCCGUGUGGUACUUUCGGAAGCGCAAACUGAUCCGAACGUUGAACAUUCACAGCUUCAGUCGCAAGAUCCAGAAGCUGUCGACUGUGAGGUGUGGCUGCUGUCCGCCCCUGACUCCGUGUGUGAUGUGCGGCGGCCGCUUCAAUCACGUAGAGAAGCCCAAAGAGCCAGACAUGGCCCCACUAAACGAGAGAGUGGCUCAGCUGGACUUUUCCUUCCAUCCAGUGCUUUCUUUUACUCAAGAUAUUCCACUGUCGAUCCAGUUCGAAGGAAUGAUGAAGAGCAAUGAAUGGCAGCGCAAGCCAGCACUGUCCAAACAGUCUCCCAUGAAGAAGAAACGCCGACCCAGUACGCCUCCAGAAAACAAGGAUGGACAGAGGCCAAAGAGGAAGUACGAGCGGAAGAAUAAAGACAAGACCAAACGACACCAAAGCUCUGGCGAAGACAAGUCUCUCAAAAUGCUUCGCAAACUGGCUGCCCAGACAAUGAAAGACAUGAGGCACGGCAGAGGAGACAAGAUUCUGAAGCGGGCCAACUCCAAGGCUAGCUCCCUCCCCAACACCCCUAAGAAGCGGCUGACAGAAGAAAUCAAUAGGCGAUGCCGCACUGAUAUCAAGAAAAGAAGAGCUGCCCAGCUGGCUAUUGCUGCUCUCAAGAAGACACGGGCUCGCAGCCUCUCCCUGCCCAACAUCAAGGACCACUUACAGAUUAGUAGCCUGUCCAGCUCCCCCAGCACCCCGACCGCCCCAGACGGCAGCUUGUCAUCUGCACAGUUGUCACACUCCAUGCCCUCUGCGUCGCUGCAGAACUUUCUCAAGCCCCGCAGGCCCGGCGGCAGCUCAGACCAGUACGACAUUGACAACAUUGUGAUCCCGUACUCGAUGUUGGCCUCCACACGGGUGGAGAAGUUGGAGUACAAGGAGAUUAUGACGCCAAAGUGGAGGAAGAUCCCAGAGGAACAGCUGACAGCUUGGAAGAAUCACGUGCAAGAGUUCAGCAAUCAGGAGGAUAUUGAGAACUUGUCAGACAGUGAGUUCACGGAACGCCAUGCCAAGUGCGAAAUCAACGAGCGCCAGAAAUUCCUGACUAUACUGGCAAGUCAGAACUCCCAUGCCAAUCAACGCAGAGGGGCACGUCGAUCCCGAAACAACAGCCAGGGUAACACACCAGAGCCUUACUCGCCAGAUGCCAACCUGUUCGAGCAAAAUCAACCUUCCAGCGUGAAUUCCUCCAACGCCCCAUCCCCGCUCACCACGCAGGAGGCCUUGAGCCCUUCUGGCGGGGUCCCUGCCAGCAGCAAUAGUGGGGGAAGCAGUACCCAGCGGUCCAGAAUGAACUCAUGGGAAAAGCGUCGGUCAUCCAGCGCAAGUGACACAAACCUGGAGAGCUCGCUGGCGGGCAGCUUUGAAGCACUGGGCCACAUUGACAACCCUUGGCCUGAGCGCAACUUCCCCUUGGAUGAAGAUGAUUGCGAGGAAUUGGGUUUGAAGUCGAAAAGAGAAGCAGAAGAGGAGACAGAGAUGAAGAGUGGACCAGAGGCAGAGGAGAAAACACCUUCAGAAGUGUCCUCGGCAACAAAUCUGCUGAAUAACAUGAAGACGGAAGGAGAAUCUUUGCGCAGCAGUCCCCUUGGAGAGAUGCUAGACGACUCCUCGUCAGAGCCAGAAGAAAUAGAUGACCCCAAUGACCCAGAGUGGACAGUUGUAUCGCCGGACAGACAUCGGAGCUCAAUUGUUUUACGACUGGCAAAGAGGUGAGGCUGGCAGCAAUGAAGUCCACCUUGGUGCAGUUUCUCCCGAUUUCAGCUUGUCUGAUGUGAGAGCCACAGCCAAAUGUGGUAUGCCAUGGAUCUUGUACUACACCAAAUUUUCAGAAAUUGCUACUUUUCUGUAAGAUUUGGAAAGUACAACACACCAAACAAAAAAUUAAACUUAAAAAAAAAAUGAAAAAAUUAAACGGGCUCAAAUUGAACACAUUUGUUGCUUGUUCCAUGUAAUAAAUGUUCAUACUUUUGACGUUGAUAUUUUAGAUUAAAAACCCAUUCACCGUCAGUGCCCUUAUUUAUCCCUUGUUCUCCAGUCACAUAAACUUUACAUGUUGUGCUUCUGCUAUGCAUUGGUGAUGUAAAUACCAUCUCCCUGUCUUUUCAGUACCUAACCGGUAAAAAAAAUUAUUAUAAUAUUUGACUUUGUGCUAUCACCAUUUUUUGUUUCCUCUCUUUCUCUCCCCAAAAAAUCUGUAAAUUCUAAGAUGAAAGUUACAGAGCACAAUUCAAGUUCUCACCAUAAUUGUGUUCUCCACCCUAGUUAAACUUCUGUUACUGUGGCGCAGUUUUUCAUGCAUUUUCAGAUCUGAUUGGUUGGCAAUAGGCUAACAUGGAAUGAUACUGUGUUUUGUACUGAAGAAGUUUUGAAGUUGUAAGGUAGUGUUUACCUGAGCUGAGUGACGGGCUUGAACAUGGAAAAGAAAGAAGUAAUCCAACAAAAAAAUCAUAAAAGAUAAAUAAACAAUUCGUUCAAGACUUGUUUUAAUACAGUUAAUUGCAAAAAAAAUAGGCCCCUAGUUUUUGUUUGGCUUUUUUGUUUUUGAUUUUAUUUUUUUAAGAAUUUGAAGUAGUUGUUCUUGUGCACUUUGUUUGCAGGAAGCUCAACAGAAAGAUGUGAUUGUGUGCACUGUUGGGCAAUUGUUUAUUUGCUCGUGGAAAUAAGACAAAUUACAUACGUAGUGUUACCUAUUAUCUGCAGCUGGUUUGUAUAAAUUACAAAUAAAAUCACACAAAGAUACAAACAUUAGGUAGAUAAUCUCGUCAUGUUUGUUCUUUUCAGAAAGAAGUUACAUCAUUCACAGUAUUUUUGUGAAAACAAAUUGCUUUUAUAUACCCUGACCAUUUGAAAAUGAGUCUAACCAGGAUCAGAACGCAUCAAGGUAAUUAGCCUAGCCUUCGGUUUGUGAAACGUAUCCAAGAGAUUUGUAACAUUCUUAAUGAAUUUUGUAAUUAAGAUAAUACUUUCAUAUGAAAGCUGAUGCUUGACCUUUGUCAAGAAAGGGUUGUCUACAUCUGUUAAUGUACAGUGAUGUGUGGGCAGAUAACUCCUAGUUCAUUCAGAAUUUUCCCCAUCUAGUACACGGUUGUGUAAUCUGUGUCUAGUCUGCCCAACACAUGAAUUGAAAUCCUUGUUUCAUAAUCACAAUAAACUUUGCUGUUAGUGUGGCACGUUUCAACAACACAAAUUGCUCAGAUCUGCAUACUUGAAGAGAAGUACCUACCCAAACAAAUAUGCGAAAGUCAGUGUGCACUGUAAAUAGCAUUAUUUAACACUCUUCACUACAAACUAUUUCAUAUCUUUAUUUAAGCAAUGUGGCUAGGUUUCACGGAUGAAUUUUUGGGAUACAUUUGCACUAUGUUUGUCACAGUCAUUUUAUUUUAGUGAGGUAUUUUCAAAUUAGCUGUAUAGGAUCACAAGCCAUCUGCAUACAGACGUGUACAAUAUUGUAUAUAGUGUAUAAUGAAUGUAUAUGAUGUUCAACCUUAAUAGUCACAUUUAAAAUGGAGGUGUCGAAAGGUGGUACAAGACAUUUUAUUUCCAGUUUCCCGUUAUGAUGUCCCUUUCUGACAUUGUGUAUUACACAUUGUAAGUGUCCCUGUAUACUCAGCAAUCGCUACUGCACCCUUUAUGAUGUUUAUUUUUUUUUUAGUUAUCUAUUGAAACACUAUUUGUACUGUCAAUGUGAAAGUGUGAAUUAUUGCAUACAGAAUAUUCCUGCUUGAAAUCAAAUCGAAAGAGAAUUUGAAUUACUUCCAAAAAAUGCCACAUUUAUCCCACAUUAUUUACCGAAAAAGAGAUCACCCAAAAUUACCUUUUUACCUGUCAAGGCUGGUUCAUAUCAUACGUAGAGUUGAUUUGUUUUCAGAAUUUUCUUUUGUACAGAGUAGAGCAACGAGAACCGACUGUACAUUUCUAGUGUUGCUGGUUGCCACUGUAUAUAAUAUUAGUGUUACUGUUUGAGCAAACAGAGACUAAACAUUGUUAUUCUUUACAUGCAGAAAGCCACUCUGGCUGGAUUGCGCACCAUCUCGCUACCUGUAUUUUGUAUCAGUAGUUGAGAGGUCAACACAAAUAAUGUGAAGGAGAUUACCCGUAUUUCCCCCAUGGAGAAAUAAUUAAAAAUGUGUGUACUGCACGCACAUCUUCCUUGUAAAAUA